AACCAACGCAUUGACACCAUUGAGCAAUACAACAAGGCAUCCAUUCGGAAUCUUGAGGUACAAAUGGGACAACUUGCUCAAAAAGUAAGUUCAAGGGAGCAAGGCAAAUUUCCUACAACCACGGAGAUGAACCCAAGGGAGAACGUGAUGGCCAUUACCACAAGGAGUGGUAAGACGACGGAGGACCCGAAGAUGCCGGAAGAGGAGGAGACCCCGAAAAAGCAAAACAAAGGUGGAGAUGAGGAACAUAUGAUGCCACCAUCCAAUAUGGCUAACUAUGUUCCUCCCAUUCCAUAUCCUCAAAGAUUGAAGAAAAAGAAUGAUGGUGCUCAAUAUAGAAAAUUCCUUGAUAUUUUUACUACAUUGAGCAUCAACAUUCCAUUUGCCGAAGCGAUAGCGGAGAUUCCAUCUUAUGCCAAAUUCUUGAAGGGCAUACUCUCAAAUAAAAAGAAAUUGGCAGAAUUUGCUACCAUUGCCCUCACGGAGGAGUGUAGUGCCAUCCUACAAAACAAACUCCCUCCUAAAUUGAAGGACCCGGAAGCUUCACGGUGCCAUGUUCUAUUGGCAAGAUUGGAGAGGUAAGAUCCCUUUGUGAUCUUGGUGCUAGUAUCAACCUCAUGCCCCACUCUUUAUUUAAAAAGCUUGGUGUGGGGGGACUUCAAUCAACCACCAUAGCCUUACAACUUGCGGAUAGAUCAAUUCGCUACCCUAUUGGAGUUAUGGAGGACGUUCUUGUUAAAGUUGGGAAAUUCUACUUUCCGGUGGAUUUUCUUAUCUUGGAAAUGGAGGAAAUGGAGAUCCCUAUUAUUCUUGGAAGGGCAUUUCUAGCCACUGCAGCCGCCCUUAUUGAUGUAAAAAAUGGAAUUGUCAAAUUCCGUGUUGGAGAUGAAGAACAAGAGUUCCAUGUUUGGGAUUCCUUGAAAAAGCACCAUGAUGACUCUUCUUGCUUUAGCAUUGAUAUUCUUGACACAUUGGCUAAAGAGUGUUUUGGGAAAAUCAUUCAUGAAGACCACUUGGAGACUUGCAUCAUGCUAGGAUGCAAUGAAAAAGAAGAAAGCCAUGAACUUCUUGAGGAAGUUAUGUACUUACAAGCUGGAGCUCCUUUCAAACAAUUCCGACAAAAGUUUGAAGAUCUUGGAACAAGUAAGUCCACAUUAAAACCAUCUCUUGAGGUUCCACCAAAACCAUCUUUGAAAACUUUACCGGAGCACCUCAAAUAUGCAUUUCUUGGAGACAACUCAACUUUCCCGGUAGUAAUUUCUUCUUCACUCACGUCUCUUCAAGAAGAAAAAUUACUACGGGUAUUGAAGGACCACAAAACAUCUAUUGCAUGGUCCUUGGCGGAUAUUAAAGGUAUUAGCCCUUCUCUUUGUAUGCACCGGAUUUUUAUGGAGGAGAAUCAUAAACCCACGGUGGAGCAUCAAAGGAGGCUAAACCCCAACAUGAAAGAGGUAGUUAAGGAGGAAGUUCUCAAACUCCUUGACUAUGGCAUAAUUUACCCCAUUUCGGAUAGUAAAUUUGUAAGCCCCGUUCAAGUCGUUCCAAAAAAGGGUGGAAUCACGGUGGUAGCCAAUAGUAAGAAUGAAUUAAUUCCUACUAGAAUGGUCACCGGUUGGAGGAUGUGCAUAGACUACCGGAAAUUGAACUCCGGCACAAGGAAGUACCACUUUCCCCUUCCAUUCAUGGAUGAGAUGCUAGAGCGUGUUGCGGGAAAUGAGUUCUUUUGUUUCUUGGAUGGGUUCUCCGGCUAUUUUCAAAUAGCUAUCUCACCCGAGGACCAAGAAAAGACAACAUUCACAUGUCCUUUUGGCACAUUUGCCUAUAGAAGGAUGCCAUUCGGGUUAUGCAAUGCCCCCGGGACAUUCCAAAGAUGUGUGAUGGCAAUUUUUGCGGACAUGGUGGGAGACUUCAUGGAGGUAUUUAUGGAUGACUUUUCUGUUUUUGGGGAUUCUUUUGACACGUGCUUACUUUCCCUUGAGAAAGUGCUAACUCGGUGUGAGGAAACCGACUUGGCUCUCAAUUGGGAGAAAUGCCAUUUCAUGGUAACCGAGGGGAUUGUCUUGGGGCACAAAAUUUCUCCCAAAGGCAUUGAAGUCGACCAAGCAAAAAUUGAAGUCAUAAAGAAGCUACCCCCUCCACAUUCGGUGAAAGCUAUCCGAAGCUUUCUAGGGCAUGCCGGUUUCUAUCGGCGAUUCAUUAAAGAUUUCUCAAAAAUCGCUAAACCUCUAUGCGAUUUAUUAGCCAAGGAUGCCCCUUUUGAAAUCACUCCAACUCGGCUCAAAGCUUUCAACACUUUAAAGGAAGCUCUUACCUCGGCCCCUAUUAUUACAUCACCGGAUUGGUCUCUUCCAUUCGAAUUGAUGUGUGAUGCUAGUGAUCAUGCUAUCGGUGUGGUACUUGGGCAAAGAAAAGAAAAGAAACUUCAUGCCAUAUACUAUGCAUCGAGGUUACUUCAUGAUGCGGAGCUCAAUUAUGCCACCACCGAGAAGGAAUUUCUAGCCGUCAUUUAUGCUUUUGACAAAUUCCGAUCUUACCUCAUUGGCCAGAAAGUGAUUGUUUAUACCGAUCACUCCGCCAUCAAAUACCUCAUGAACAAGAAGGAUGCCAAACCAAGGUUAAUUCGUUGGGUUUUAUUACUCCAAGAAUUUGACCUUGAAAUCCGAGACAAGAAGGGGUGUGAAAACCUUGUGGCGGAUCAUCUUUCACGACUUGAAGGCACCCCCAACCCCAAGGAAGAGGAGAUAAGAGAUGAUUUCCCAUAUGAGCAAAUCAUGGCAAUCAAAGAGGUACAACUACCAUGGUUCACUGAUUUUGUUAAUUUUCUUGCAAAAGAAAUUAUACCUCCAUCACUCACUUUCCAUCAAAGAAAAAAAUUCCUAAGUGAUGUAAAGCAUUACUAUUGGGAUGAACCAUAUCUCUUCAAACAUUGUGCCGACGGAAUUGUUAGAAGAUGCGUACCCGAUGAGGAAAUCAUGUCCGUCUUAAACCAUUGUCACAACCUUCCUUGUGGUGGUCACCAUGGUCCGGAUCGGACGGCAGCGAA